CAAUCAAUAUGCCGCUUUUCCGCAAGACUAGAUUGCUGAUUGGCUGAUUUCGCGUUGUUUCUUGUCAACGCGUUGUUGACGCGCGUUUUUCUGUCUUGCCAGAAAAGCCAUAAAGUAUACAUACUGUUUUCCCGUGUGCAAGGACCAUAAUACGUCGUUGAUUCAGCGCGAUCACAUCGAAACUAUCGUCGACGGAUCACUUGUAUCACUGUAUACAUAUGCAUUACUUGCCACACGCGUAUGAUUACUCAAGUUUGUAUACGCGCACCACUCCCGCUACUGCGUGUUGUUGGCGAUUUUUCUAAUAUUCCCAGCGCAGAGCGGAACACGGAGCGUCAGUGGGACAUCGACGAUUGUACACCGACGAACGUGUGAUGGGGGACGCAGCGAUGAACGUCGUAGCGUCCGGUGGCUGUAGCGGUAACAGCGGUGAUCGUAUUGUCAAAGAAGGCUGGCUCCAGAAACGAGGAGAACAUAUAAAAAAUUGGAGAUCAAGAUAUUUUAUCUUGAGAGAUGAUGGUACAUUAGUUGGAUACAAAGCUAAGCCUGAUGAACAAAUUCAGCCAUUAAAUAAUUUCACAGUACGUGGGUGCCAAAUAAUGUCAGUAGACAGACCUAAACCCUAUACAUUUGUCAUUAGAGGCUUGCAGUGGACAACUGUAAUUGAAAGAACGUUUCAUGUAGAAUCAGAGCAGGAAAGAGAAGACUGGGUUACAGCAAUCAGAUAUGUAGCAGAUAGGUUAGCAAAUGAAGAAAAUCAGCAACAAGAACAACCUCAAAUGCAACAAUCUUCCUCUUCAGAGGAUAUUGAUAUGGAAUCUACAGGAGGUGCUAGAUCUGAUUCCUGUAGUUCUUUAGGUGUUGUAUCUCCAGAUGUAGACAGUGGUAGUAUCGAUGAAUUAUCAGUAAAGUUCAGUGUCCAAGGGACUUCAAGUAGUAAAAGCACUGGGAAAAAGAAAGUAACACUCGAGAAUUUUGAAUUUUUAAAAGUUUUGGGAAAAGGAACGUUUGGAAAAGUAAUUUUGUGCAGAGAAAAGGCGACAGGACAUUUGUACGCUAUUAAAAUUUUAAGAAAAGAAGUUAUUAUUCGUAAAGAUGAAGUGGCUCAUACACUAACUGAAAAUAGAGUAUUACGUACUACAAAUCAUCCCUUUUUAAUUUCUUUGAAAUACAGUUUUCAAACAGCAGAUAGACUCUGUUUUGUCAUGGAAUAUGUAAACGGUGGCGAAUUAUUUUUUCACUUAAGCCGAUCGCGUGUAUUUGGCGAAGAUCGUACACGGUUUUACGGUGCUGAAAUUAUAUCGGCCUUGGGUUAUUUACAUUCCCAAGGAAUUAUAUACCGCGAUCUCAAAUUGGAAAAUCUUCUCUUGGACAAGGAUGGGCAUAUAAAAAUUGCUGAUUUUGGCUUGUGCAAAGAAGACAUUACAUAUGGAAGAACAACCAAAACGUUUUGCGGAACACCGGAAUAUUUGGCGCCUGAAGUAUUGGAAGAUAACGAUUAUGGGCGUGCAGUGGAUUGGUGGGGUGUUGGUGUAGUCAUGUACGAAAUGAUGUGUGGCCGAUUACCGUUUUAUAACAAGGAUCACGAAAAACUAUUUACGCUCAUUUUAUUGGAAGAAGUAAGAUUUCCUAGGUCAAUUAGCAAUGAAGCGAGAGAUAUGCUUGGUGGUUUAUUAAUAAAAGAUCCUAGUAAAAGAUUAGGCGGUGGGCCUAACGACGCGAAAGACAUCAUGAAUCACGCAUUCUUCUCGUGUAUCAAUUGGACGGAUCUUGUCCAAAAAAAGAUUUCCCCACCUUUUAAACCGCAAGUGACUUCAGAUAUUGACACUCGAUAUUUUGAUAGUGAAUUUACCGGCGAAAGUGUUGAGCUCACGCCUCCAGAUCAGGGUUGCUUAGGUAGUGGCGGGGGUUUGAAUUCUAUAGCAGAAGAACAAGAACAUUUUCCGCAAUUUUCGUACCAAGAAAGUCAUUCUGCGGCAACUUCUUCCAUCGUUUCUAUUAAUCACUGACAGUGUCAAGUGUUCUGCUUAAUUAAUAUAAUGAGAUGUGUGGUUCGAUGCAUGAUGAAAACUUUACGAGCAAAAGCAUUCGUUUACAAUGUAUAUCUUAAUGAUUAUCUGCUAAGCUUGAAACUUUCCCAAUAGGCAGAUCAAUCAAAUUACCUUUCUUUACGAUGCUUUUUUACGCAUCCUGAGAUUGUCACAUAUCUCCAACGGCAAAGUAGAUUUAUGCGUAUAAGUGUGCGCGCGCAUAUAACACCUAUACACAUAACUAUUCAUUAAAAUUGUAUAUGGCGAAAUGUAUACUAUAAUAAGAUUAGAGGUCUCUCUCUCAAGAUAGUAAUAACUAAAUACUUGCUAUAUAGACUCGAAGGAAAUGACAGGGAUUAAAUUACGUUUUUAAUUGAAUCGAGUUUAACGAUAAAAAAAAUUCCUUGAGACAUGUAUUAUGUGAAUAUUGAACAAUUUUCUUGUCGUCAAGGAACAGGCUGUAAUUGUGUAAGUAUAAAUCUUACGUUUAACAAAAGCUGCACUUGACACUUCCCGAGUUUAUCGUCUUGUUUACGAUCUUAUUUAUGGAAGAGCAGCAGUUCCUGAUCUUUUUUUUUUUUUUUUUUAAUUCAGUAAAUGACUGUUACGGCAGAUGCCAAAGUAGAAAAUUACAAUCGGCACAAGAAGCCAACGAAAAAGAAAAAUGAUUUACCACUGUGAAGGUAGAAAUGUAGAAAAAUGUCAGCUUUAAUUGAAUUAUUGUAUAAAUUUGAGGUAACUCUUUUUUAGUCUUAAACAAAGAUGUCAUUCUUAUGACUGGUGAUAUAAUUGGAGAUGUGCGAGUAUUGAAAAUUGAGUGAGCUGUGUCGAAAAGCUCGCAAAGUGCUUGUUUAAAAUAAAUGUAUAUGUUUGACUAUUUUUGGAGUUGCUUGGGAUAAAAUAGGGAGCUGUUUUAAGAAAAUCUUGUGGCUUAAAUAUUUUCUGCCUAAUCAAGUUUAUUAACUCUCAUUGGUAGAUGCGUGCGCUGUGAAUAUUUAGAAAAUUGUCUAGAAAUUUAAAUCAUUUACUUACAUUGCUGCAAUUAAAUAAUUCAUCAUUGAACUUUAAAAUUAUGAUGAAUAACACACAUUCUAUUCCUAUAGUUAACUGUAGCGUAUAGAAAACCUAUGUAUGUAUAACAACACAGUUCUUUAAUGAAAGUGGCAAAAUAUGAGGUUUUAUUCGUCAUAUUACUUCAUCACAAAACGUUAAAUCGAAAUCGUUACUAGACUUCAAUAGUAUUGGCACAAAAUGAUUUGUGCAUGAUUGUGAUUAAAGUGCCUAGUGAAGGAUUAUUCUCUAGAGCGAAUAAAUGUAGUUAUAUUCAAAUACAAAAAAAUAUGGAAAAUAUAAAAUAAUUACAUAACCAGUGUAACUACUCUAUUUUUACCUAAUGAUUCACAUCAUUUUACUAGAAGAUAGAGAUGAUUUUACGAUUCACAUCACUUCGGAUAAAAACUUACUUUUGCAUUUUUCAAAGACUUGCGUCACUUUUUUUUUAAAACUUCCAAAUUUGAAAAAUAAUAUCUUUAUAAAAUGGCUAAAAUUUAUAGGUUGAAAAUAUAUUAGCCACAAUCUCCAAAACAAUUUGAACUAUAAUAAAAACAUGAAACUCACACAUGUCUAAUUAUAACAAGUUUUAACGUAAAUUGAAAUUGAAAACAAUCUUUUCCUAAUAAAAGCAUAAGGCAAUUCGGUUAUAUAUAUCUUUAUGUAUCAUUGAAGAGUAAUUAUGAGAAUUAAAGAUAGAAAUACGAAAAAUCUUA